AUGCGCAGUCUGUUUCCCGCGGCAUUUUUGCACGGGGGUUUCCCCUCAUCAACUGCAUUUGAGAAGGGGCUCGAUGUUCUCUUGUUCAGGUUUGGAAUGCAGUGUAAGCUUUGCAAAUUUUCCCACAGUAGCAGAGAGGUCCUCUUGAAACACUACAGGCUUCGGCACUAUCAAGGGCGAUCCUGGCAGCAUCCUUGCUUGUAUACUGACUGCGUCUGCACUUUUAAAACUAAUAUGCGGCUCCGUGUUGUGUUGGCCCCUGAUAAUAUUAGGAGGCUGGAUAUUUUGGAAAAUCUCACUUCGGUUGAACACUUGAAAACAAUUCUUAAAGAAAGGCUUGAAAUCAAGGAUGAUUUUCUGAUUCAGUUUGAGGAUCCUGAGUUCGGAAAUGAACUCUGUAACUUGACCAAUAUAACAGAGCUUCCACCAGAAAGAGCAGUGCUGAAGAUACUCCAGAAAGUACCUGAAGACUCAGAACCAGAGACCUCGAUUUCCUCUUUAGACACUGCCAGUGUGUCCUCUCCAUCUGAUAGCUCAAACCAGAGUUUCCCCUUUGUGUCUGUGAGACAGCAUGGAAAUUCUCAGUGGCCAUCUCCUUUCCCGAUUCCCAAGUUCUCUUAUGAUGUUGAGUUGCGGCUUGAGAAAGGGAAUGGGAAUUUUAAAGAAGAUGGAACACUGCUCACUGUACCAAGAGAAAUGAAAAUGGACAUCCUGGACAGCAUAGCUCAGGCAAUUUUUUCAUUCAAAGCUUACCCAAAAAAUCAAGAGUUGGAGUCUGUGUCUGCUGCACUGAUUGAAAAGUAUCCAUGUCUAAAGGACCCAGGCUCAGGAACAGGUUAUCACAGCUGGACUAUGAGCAUCAAAUAUAAGGUUGGAAACUACCGUCAGAAACUUCGAACAGCAGGUUGCUCUGAAGUCACUGUGAACCAAAAAAGAGUGAACAAUGACUCUAGAUGUUUAAAGAAAGCAAAGAGAUGUGAGAUAAACUUCCUCCCCGGACAACCCAGUAGGGCAGACAGAUUAUUCCUUACAAAAGGAAAAAGAUGCACUACAGGAGGAAAUGAAGAAGAAACAUUUCAGCAUGGCAGUUGUUGA